CCUUGGCCGUCAAUUACCUCAUUGUGGACCUGCCAGGCCGAGGUGGCCCAAACGGCCCGGGCGCUGGUCGCAAAGACAGCCUUUUCAUCGUCUUGGGGAAAAGGGGGGGAAAACAACAACAACAAAAACCCAGGCUGAAUUUCUCGUCGCUCUCUGGAUCUCUUCUCUGCCUGUAUUUUAUUGUUUUGGACAUUUUUUUUUGCGCGCCGUGGCUCGGCCGCCGCUGUUUUCUCCUGGCUGGAUUUUCAUAGACAUCUAUUUUUCUCCUUCUUCGUCCGCCCUCUGGACACUAUGGAAUUCUAAUUUAAAUCAUGUUUGGAUUGAAGCCGCCUCUGUAUUACUUACCAGGCAUGAGCCAUGAGCCCAAGUCCCCUUCACUAGGAAUGCUUUCCACCACGACCAGGACCACGGCCACCGUCAGCCCCCUGACCCCCUCACCGCUCAAUGGCGCUCUGGUGCCCGGCGGCAGCCCCGCCACCAGCAGUGCCCUGCCCGUACAGGCUGCCCCGUCCUCCAGCUUUGCCGCUGCACUGCGCAAACUCGCCAAGCAGGUGGAGGAGCCCAGAGGCUCCUCACUGAGCAGCGAGUCGUCCCCUGUGUCCUCUCCGGCCACCAACCACAGCUCCCCUGCCAGCACACCUAAACGCGUGCCUAUGGGGCCCAUCAUCGUGCCCCCUGGGGGCCACAGUGUCCCCAGCACGCCCCCCGUGGUGACCAUCGCCCCCACCAAGACUGUCAAUGGCGUCUGGAGAAGCGAGAGCCGGCAGGAUGGUAGCUCUCGGGGUGGCAGCAGCCGAGAGCGCCUCAUCGUGGAGCCCCCGCUUCCACAGGAGAAGACCGGUGGCCCGGCCAUCCCCUCCCACCUCCUCAGCACCCCCUACCCCUUCGGCAUCUCCCCCAGCUCCGUCGUCCAAGAUGUCCGCUUCCCACCACUCAACCUGCAGCGGCCUGUGCACCACGUGGUGCCCCCCAGCACAAUGACUGAGGAUUACCUGAGGAGCUUCCGGCCCUAUCACACUGCUGAGGACCUCCGCAUGUCUACCCUGCCUCCGCUCAGCCUCGACCCUGCCACCGCCGCAGCCUACUACCACCCCAGCUACCUGGCCCCACACCCCUUCCCACACCCAGCUUUCAGGAUGGACGACUCAUACUGCCUAUCAGCCCUGAGGUCCCCCUUCUACCCACUGCCCGCACCUGGCUCCCUGCCCCCGCUGCACCCCUCUGCUGUGCACCUGCACCUGUCCGGUGUCCGCUACCCGCCUGAGCUGGCCCACUCGUCCCUGGCCGCGCUGCACUCAGACCGGCUGUCCAGCCUCAGCGCAGAGAGGCUGCAGAUGGAUGAAGAGCUGCGGCGGGAGAGGGAGCGGGAGGCCGACCGAGAGAGGGAGAAGGAGCGGGAGAAGGAGCGUGAGCGGGAGAAAGAGCUAGAGCGGGAGAAGGAGCGGGAGCGGGAACGGGAGCUGGAGCGGCAGCGGGAGCAGCGGGCCCGCGAGAAGGAGCUGCUGGCCGCCAAGGUGCUGGAGCCCGCCUUCCUGCCUGUGGCUGAGCUGCACGCGCUGCGAGGCCUCGCCUCUGAUGAGCGCGCCAAGCCCUCGGAGCAGCUGACCCCGACCCGUGCAGAGAAGCUCAAGGAGGUCGGCCUGCAGGCGCCCAAGCCCAUGCCGCACCCGUUGCACCCCGGCCUACUCUCAGGGCCCAGCGUCUUCCAGACCCUGCCUGGAGCCAGCGCAGCCGCAGCCCUCCUUGGGCAGCGUGCCAAUGAGGAGGAGAAGUGGCUGGCGCGGCAGCGGCGGCUGCGGCAGGAGAAGGAGGACCGGCAGUCCCAGGUGUCGGAGUUCCGGCAGCAGGUGCUGGAGCAGCACCUGGACAUGGGCCGUCCCCCGGUGCCAGCCGAGGUGGAGCCCCGGUCUGAGAGCACCAGGCCAGGACAGACACGCCACGAGCUGGGCAGCCGGGAGCCUCCACAGCAUUUUGGGGGACCCCCGCCCCUCAUCUCACCGAAGCCUCAGCACCACCCAGUGCCCACUGCCCUCUGGAACCCUGUGUCUCUCAUGGACAGCACCUUGGAGGCCCGCCGGGCUGACAGCCACCCACCGCACAGCCACACGGGCCCCUUCGAGGCCAGCCGCCAGGCCACGGUCCCCCUAGUUAAGGUGGAGCGGGUAUACUGCCCUGAGAAGGCCGAUGAGGGGCCCCGGAAGCGAGAGGCCACCCCUAUGGACAAGUUCCAGAUGCCACCCCGGGAGUCAGGGGGCCUUGAGCACCCACCUUUCUCCCACGGGCCUGGGCCAUUCCUCGCUGAGCUAGAGAAGUCCGCCCAGAGCCUCCUGAGCCAGCCACGGGCCUCUCUACACCAGGCAGCCCCCUUUGGGGAGCUGGGGGGGCGACCCCCAUCCCAGAGAGGCCCCGACCCUUCGUACGUCUACGAUGAGUUCCUACAGCAGCGCCGCCAGCUGGUCAGCAAGCUGGACCUGGAGGAGCGGCGGCGGCGAGAGGCCCAGGAGAAAGGGUACUACUACGACCUGGACGACUCAUACGACGAGAGCGACGAGGAGGAGGUCCGGGCUCACCUGCGCUGCGUGGCUGAGCAGCCGCCUCUGAAGCUGGACACAUCCUCUGAGAAGCUGGACUUCCUGCAGCUCUUCGGCCUGACCACCCAGCAGCAAAAGGAGGAGCUGCUGCUGCAGAAGCGGCGCAAGCGGCGGCGGAUCCUGCGGGAGAGGAGCCCCUCGCCCCCAACUGUCCAGAGCAAGCGGCAGACCCCAUCCCCACGUCUGCCGCUGUCCACCCGCUACAGCCCAGAUGACAUGAACAGCAGCCCCAACCUGGAGGAGAAGAAGAAGUUCCUGACCAUCUUCAACCUGACCCACAUCAGUGCCGAGCAGAGGAAAGACACCGAGAGGCUUGUUGAAAUGCUCCGUGCCAUGAAGCAGAAGACACUCACGGGGGCAGGCCCGCGGACGCACACUGCGAGGGACAGUCCCGCUGCCUCCCCGAGCGAAGAACCAGCCACGCAGACCUCCCUGAGCCCAGACAAGCCCAUCGGCCUUGCUGCAUCCCUGCCCGACGUGGCCAAGACUGUGGAAGCACUUGGGCCCCAGGAACUGGCUCCCGGCUGUGGCGAGAAGACCAGACUGGGCGGGGCACCCGGGAGCAGGAAGAGCCUGAGCCUGCUGCAUUGUGUCCGGGGACCUGCGCCCAGAGAUGUCCCCGUGCCGCUCUCACACAGUGUCAACGGCCAGGGCAGACCCUGGGAGCCCUUUCUGGCUGAGGAGUUCGCCCACCAGUUCCACGAAUCGGUGCUGCAGUCCACCCAGAAGGCCCUGCAGAAGCACAAAGGGCACACGGCCGUGCUGUCGGCAGAACAGAACCACAAGGUGGACACCUCUGUCCACUACAACAUCCCCGAGCUGCAGUCCUCUGGCCGGCCUGCCCGGCCCCAGCACAAUGGCCAGCCAGAGCCCCCACCGGGGAGAAAGGGCCCCAGAGCCCAGGAGCUGGACCAGGACUCGGAGGACUUGGACGACUCGGAAGAGGAUGAUGGAGAUGACGAGGAGGAGGAGGAGGAGGAGGAAGCCCCCAGGCGGAAGUGGCAAGGAAUUGAGGCCAUUUUUGAAGCUUACCAGGAACAUAUAGAAGAGCAAACGCUGGAGCGGCAGGUGCUGCAGACGCAGUGCCGGCGGCUGGAGGCCCAGCACUACAGCCUCAGCCUUACGGCGGAGCGGCUGUCCCACAGCAUGGUGGAGCUGAGGAGCCAGAAACAGAAAGUGGUCUCGGAACGGGAGCGCCUGCAGGCUGAGCUGGACCACUUACGGAAGUGCCUUGCGUUGCCGGCCAUGCACUGGCCGAGGGGUUAUUUUAAGGGAUAUCCAAGGUGACGGUUUCCCUUGCACUAGGUGAACCUAUAGUAUAGAAAUGAUAUCUAUUUUAUUACCUGGAAUAUUUAAUAUUUUUCACUGGGAGGUUUGAAGCUUAAUGAGAAUGUGCCAUGCAUGAAGCAAAACAGAAAAAGAUUCCAGACUCCAGACCACGAGCUCACCUGAAAUCCACGCACCCAAGUCCGCACAGCCCACGCAGAACCCUGUCCCCCACAACGCAGAUCCACCACCAGGAAGCAGAGGUGUACCACCAACACUAAGUCCCCACCACAGGCAGCCCUGGCUUAGCGCACGCUGUGACUCGGGGCUGGGGCGCCUGCUCUGCUCCCAGGAGGAAGGCUUGCUCAGCCGUGGGGUGGGUGCCGUUGUAAGGGCUCCCACAUUGCAGUCACUUCACUGCAAACUGUCCCAGUGUGCCAGGCCCUAGGGGCACACACACUGGAAGUCCUUAAGGGCUCGCCCUGCCCCCAGAGGGAAGCGACAGGCAUGACAGAAGGUACUCCCUGGGGGGACAGAUGGACGGAGCUCUGUGCACACGUGCUUGCUCACACCCGCCCCAUUGUUGUUGCCAGGGGUGAGGUUCUCACACAAAAGUCAGUUUUGAAAGAAAAGGUGCUUCAGCCGUGUACCGUGUAUAUAUUAAAACAAAGUUUUGUAUGUUUUUAUUACUUUAAUUAUUGUUAUAAAAAGCCUGCCAUUUUUACUAUGUGGUUUGGGGGUUUCCGUUUGUUUGUUUCCUGUUUGGGGUUUGGUUUGGGUUUUUCUGGGCAAGGGGGUGGGUGGUAAAGGCCACCCACCCGCUCCCCUUGCUUUUAGUGUUUGUACUGCUGCUGGUCAGGACGUCGAAGUGUUUUUACAAUUAAAGAAGGAAGAUGAGACGAGCUUUACUGUCGGCGCCUGUGGGCUGCCUCUCCUGCUGCUGCCUGUGGUGGACACCAGUCAGUCCUGCGGGGCAAGGGGGCCCCCGGUCAAGGCCCGUUAGGCAGGGGCAGCCCUUCUAAGAGCCCAGCAGAGGGCCAGGAUGCAGAGCUGUCCCCUUUUGCACUCACUGUGACCGGCUGGGGACAGCAUGCCAUCUAAUAGGCUGCAGGGGAGAUGCCCCUUAGCUGUGGGUCAGGUGAAGGACUAUCUGACCUUUGGGGGGUAGGGAGGGACCUGCUACACUCAGUGGCGGGCCCUGGGCCAGGCCUCUGCUGUGAGGAGCAGCUUGCUGGCAGAUGGCAUUGUGUCGCUUUAUCUGUUCCCACACAGUUUGCUUUGUCUGUCUGCCAAGAAUCUUCCAGUUAUUAGCAAACUCAAACAAAAAGUGCCGCCAGUAUUGUCAGCAGUCGGCGAGCAACCUCCUCCCCACCGCUGCGUGGGGCCACCGCCCCUGCAGAGACAUUGAGUGAGGACGUGUCCCCCAGGUGGGACAGGUGUGCAGCGUGCACGUACUGCCAACAGCUGAGCAGACCUCCUCGGUCCCCUUUCUGACCAGCCUGCCAUUUCCGCUCUGAAGGCGGGUGCUGCCGCCAGCUCACUGUGCUCCCAGCCUGCUGGCCAUGGCAGCCCUGGCGGCAGCAAAGCCCAGCCCAGCCUGUCUGUCCCUCUGGCCACCCAAGGGGAACUCAUGGCCUGUGGGACUUGCUAUUUCAGAAAGGUCUCUGUCCAGGACCAGUCCCAGCUGCAUUGUUCUCCUGCUGUCUCAUCCUCCCACUCUUCUGUGUGCUCUCUCCAGAAACGCUGACAAUCACACUAGCAACGCAGGCCAGGGGCAGGUCAGCAAUCAGCUCCUAGAGCCUGGGAUACCCCUACCCGCAGCCCCAGGGGGCGUCCUGCUAAGGGUUAACAGAUGCACAUACUUCUCAGCAGCCGUCUCCCAUGGGCGGGUGGGCCACGCUUGCUCCAGAUAUGAUCCUGCCUGCCACCUUGGUGUCUGUUAGCAUAAGGACCUCGGUCUGGAGGGGUCUUCCUAAACUGCCUAUAAGCAGCCACACUGUCACGUGCUCCCACGUCCCCACCACGUGGUGCUCCCCAAGCUGACAAUGUGAAAACAGGAUGUUUCCCUUUGUCUUAUCCAAUCAGACAGGACCCUGCCUAGUCUCAGGCAGGUGCUUGCAUCUCACUGGCACGGCACAAGAGUGCCCUCAGUCCACCCGAGGCAACCCAGAGGAUGCGGACGGGAGCCUGAGCCCCCAGCAGAACGCUAGGGGGCCAAGGAGCCCAUCCACCCACCCCCUGGGUCGGUUGACCGGUGCUUCCCUCCAGCAGCUCCCAAUGCCACUAACCCCAAACCCAGCGGAACAUCCUACCAGGAACAGGUAGCUGCCUGCCACCAGGUGGAGGUCAGCAGGUGGCCAGGCCUGGUACUCUGAAAUGUCCAUUAGCUCCAUAGCCACAGCCCAGCCCUGCUCGUCCUGGCAGCAGCCUGUCCCAUGCCCCCCAGCCCAGUGCAUAACUGCAGACGCCCCUCUGCCUGGGCCUGCUGAGGCUGUGCUGCUCAGCGCAGUGCUGGGGGUCAGACUACGUGCCUCGGCCACACGGGGGUGGUUUAGAUGCUGUGAAAUGAAACCUGUUCUAAGUGUACUUGUUUGAAUUCAUUGUAUUGUAAUAUUUGUUGAAUGUAGUAAUUAGGUAUUUAUGAAUAUAUUGCUGUAAUUUCUGACAACAUCCAAAAAAAAUAAAAUCUUCCUAAAUCA